UUUCCUUUUGUCUCACGUUAGGAUUGUGCGUCAGUUGCCAAAAGGUGGGGACAUUUCCUGAACCUUUGCAACACUGAGAGGUUGUCUUCAGGGAGCACAUUGUGAGCACCGCAACAGGGAAGCGAGGGUCUGGGAGCGGCCCCGCUGAGGGAAACACCAGCUUGCCCUCUCCCUGUCCCCUGGCAGCCCCCCCAAGCCCCCUGGCCUGUGCCUGACCAUGUCCCUGGCUGAGGCCAUCAGCCUCUGGAAUGAAGGGGUGCUGGCAGCUGACAAGAAGAAUUGGAAGGGAGCCCUGGACGCCUUCACUGCAGUCCAGGACCCCCACUCCAGGAUUUGCUUCAACAUCGGCUGCAUGCACACAAUCCUGGACAACAUGCCCGAGGCGGAGAAGGCCUUCACCAGAAGCAUUAACCGAGACAAGCACUUGGCAGUGGCCUACUUCCAAAGAGGGAUGCUCUAUUACCGGAUAGAGAAAUAUGAUUCAGCUAUCAAAGACCUUAAAGAGGCCUUGACUCAGCUUCGAGGGAAUCAGCUGAUAGACUACAAGAUUCUGGGGCUGCAGUUCAAGCUGUUUGCCUGUGAGGUGUUAUAUAAUGUUGCUUUCAUGUAUGCCAAGAAGGAGGAGUGGAAAAAGGCUGAGGAACAUUUAGCUUUGGCCAUGAGCAUGAAGUCUGAGCCGAGACAUUCUAAAAUUGACAAAGCCAUGGAAUGUGUUUGGAAACAGAAGCUGUAUGAGCCUGUGGUGAUCCCUGUGGGCAGGCUGUUUCGACCAAACGAGAGGCAAGUGGCUCAGCUGGCCAAGAAGGAUUACCUCGGCAAGGCGACAGUGGUGGCAUCUGUGGUGGAUCAAGACAGUUUCUCGGGGUUUGCCCCUCUGCAGCCACAGGCAGCUGAACCUCCACCCAGACCCAAAACCCCAGAGAUCUUCAGGGCUCUGGAAGGGGAAGCCCACCGCGUGCUGUUUGGGUUUGUGCCUGAGACCGCAGAAGAGCUGCAGGUCAUGCCAGGGAACAUCGUUUUUGUCUUGAAGAAGGGCAAUGAUAACUGGGCUACGGUCAUGUUCAACGGACAGAAGGGGCUCGUUCCCUGCAACUACCUUGAACCACUUGAGCUGCGGAUCCAUGCUCAGCAGCAGCCCCAGGAGGAAGCCUCCCCAGAUUCUGAUAUCCCAGCUCCUCCCAGUUCUGAUGCUCCCGGAAGACCCCAGUUGCCACCAGGUCAAAAAGGAAAAGAAGAGUCCAAGGAAGUAAAGCUCAGCAUUCCCAUGCCCUACACGCUCAAGGUGCACUUCAAGUACACGGUGGUCAUGGAGACGCAGCCCGGGCUCCCCUACAGCCAGGUCCGGGACAUGGUGUCUAAGAAACUGGAGCUCCUGCCGGAGCACACUCGGCUGAGCUACCGGCCUCGGGACAGCAAUGAGCUGGUGCCCCUCUCGGAAGAGAACAUGAAGGCUGCCUGGGCCCAGGUGAAAAACUACAGCCUGACUGUGUGGUGUGAGAACACAGUGUCCCCGAAACUCUCGGAGGAACCGUCAUCCCAUCUUAUAAUGGAGGAGACAAGGCAAAGAGAGGUAACCUUGACCAAGAGUACCGCCCAUCAGUAGAGGAGCAAGGGCUCGGUGGGUGGUUUGACUCCAGGGCCUGCCUACAUUCUUGGACACCUUUCUAGACCUCAGGGCCUAGAAAAGACUUAGCUGGAGUUAGGAGCAAAGUUAGAGGCUAGAAGUAGUGGCUACAAGUUAACACUCUUGACCAUCCCUUUGUCUCCGGGAGGGAAAAGUUGCCAUUUCUUCUUGUUGUUGAUGUUAAUUCCUUCCCACAACCAUGGCCCCUGAAAAGCAUCCAUCAACAUACCUGUCAAUGUACCAACACACUUUUUUUUUGGUCUUUUAUGUCAUUUCAUGUAAGUGGAUGGUACAGUACAUAUAUAUUCCUACGAAUAUAUAUACUGUAUGUAUACAUUUUUGUUUUAUCACCCAUUUCAAUAUAUACUCUUCCAUUUUUAUAUAUACUUUUUUGUUGUAAUAGUCCAUUUUUUAAAUGUUUGUUUUUGACAGAAAGAGUGUGUGUGUGUGAGUGUGUGCGCAUGCACACAGGUAGGGUAGAGGCAGAGGAAGAUGGGGGAAAGAGGAUCCAAAGCGAACCUCAGUGCUGACAACAGACAAUCCAAUGCAGGAUUCGAACCCACAAACCAUGAAAUCAUGACCCGGGCCAAAAUCAGAUGCUUAACCCACUGAGCCACCCAGACGCCCCAUAAUAGUCCCUUUCUUUUGAUUGCUGAUGGUAUUGCUAAAAGGUAUUCCAUAGUAUGAAUACUACAAUUUGUUUAUUGAUUCACCUCUUCGUGGAUAUUUGGAUUGUUUCCAGCAUUUGUCUAUUUAUUCUUCAACAAACAUUUGCUGAACACUUCUGCUCUCCCUAGGCACUGGAGGUAUAAAAACUAUUAAGGCAUGGGAUGCUUGGGUGGCUCAGCCGGUUAAGCAUCUUACUCCUUGAUUUCUGCUCAUGUCGUGAUUUCACGAUUCGUGAGUUACAGCCCUGGGUCGGGCUCUGUGCUGACAGCAUGGAGCCUGCUUGGGAUUCUCUCUCUCCCUCUCUCUGCCCCUCCCCUGCUUGCUCAUGCACAUACACACACACACACACUCACACUCUCUCUCUCUCUCUCUCUCUCUCUCUCUCUCUCUCUC